AUCAGUUUGAUUCUACACUGAUUAAAAAAGUGAAUGUGUCUACACAUUUUAAAUAACAAAACAAAAUUUGCAUUUUAUUUUUUCUUGUAUUUUAUCAAAUUAUAUAGUUUUCGUUUAUUUAGUUUUCGUGUGAAAUAAAAAAUGGGUUCUAUGUUUUCUGCCUCCUGUAAUUCUGAAGCUAGAUUAGAUGGUAAAACUGCAGUGAUCACUGGUGCUAACACUGGAAUUGGUAGAGAGACAGCUAAGGAUUUUUAUAUAAGAGGUGGUAGAGUAAUUUUGGCAUGCAGAAAUAUAAAAAAAGCAAAUGAAGCCAUCGAAGAAAUCAAGACAGAGUGUAUAGGUCAACAAAACUUAGGAGAACUACUAGCUGUAUGUCUGGACCUCUCCAGUUUAAAGUCUGUUAGAUCAUGUGCUGAAGAAUUACUCAAAACUGAAAAACAAAUAGAUAUAUUGGUCAAUAACGCUGGACUAUUUGGAAUUCCAUAUGGGAAAAGUAAAGAAAACUAUGAAUUGAAUUUUGCAACAAAUCAUUUGGGGCAUUUUUUAUUUACUUUGUUACUGAUGCCAAUAAUAAUAAAAAGUGGUUCCGCCAGAAUAGUUACUGUUUCUUCAAGAUUGCAUAUAUCGGUAUCCAGUCUGGACUUUAGUGACUUACAUUAUGAAAGAAGAACAUAUGGUGCUGUAAAAGCGUACUCUGAAUCAAAACUGGCAAAUAUUUUAUUCAUGAAUGAAUUGGCGCGGCAAUUUAAAGAAAAGAAUAUAAAUAAUGUAAAUGUCUACUCGUUACAUCCAGGCACAGUAAGAUCAGAAGCGGGUAGGUAUUUAGAUGACUCAUGGUUUCGAGGAAGUUACUGGAUUUGGUCGAAUGUACUUGGAUUGUUUGGAAAAAGCACGAAACAAGGUGCACAAACAUCAAUAUAUUGCUCAUUAGAUGAAAAAUGUGCACACGAAACAGGACUUUAUUAUGCAGAAUGUAAACCAGUAUCCCCAUCGCAAGCUGCCAGAAAUGAAGCAGCAGCGAAAAAGUUAUGGGAGGUUAGUUGGAAAUUAGUUGGUUUAAAAGAAGACUUUAAUCCUUUUAGAAAAUUAUGAAUGGGAUUUAAGAAUACUUAUUAAGUUUAAUAGCUGUUACAAAUUUUUCCUAUAAAAUGAACAUAAGUUUUCC